CAAAACUUUUCAAUUUGCAGUUAAAAAGGCGCAUCUCUUUCUCUGCCUUUCUGAUCGUUUCUCUGAGAUCAGCUGCAUUGGUUUUGCAGCUUCGUUUCUCGAUUGGCAGAGAGGAGGACGGCGAUUCUUCUCGGUGUUGGAGCUCGCCGGAAAUAACAACAAAUGGACGGAAGUUCGGAUUCCAGCCCCAAGGCUGCGUUGUUGGGAGGCUCGGUGAACGGCGGCAGCGGUAGACGCGGCCGACUCAGUCGGCGAUACUCGGUGAACUCUCUGCGGAGCGAGUUCAUUUCCAGAUUGCCUGAAAAACUCAGGUCUCGUAUUCAAGACGCUGAAUCUCCAUACGAUAUUGAUCUUUCGCAGUCGAGUGGAUUCAGCAGAGGGGAAAAGGACUACUAUGAGAGGCAACUUGCUACCUUAAAAUCAUUUGAGGACGUUGACUCAUUGGUAACAUCUGACUGCAUUGAUGAGGAAGACAUGGAAGAACGAGCUCAGCAAGAGAGGGCCAUGAAGAUCUCAAAUUAUGCGAAUAUAGUACUUCUUUUAUUGAAGAUUUAUGCUACCAUUCGGAGUGGAUCCAUAGCCAUUGCUGCAUCAACAUUGGAUUCCUUACUUGAUCUCAUGGCUGGCGGAAUACUUUGGUUUACUCACUUGUAUAUGAAGCAAGUAAAUAUUUAUAAAUAUCCGAUUGGAAAGCUGAGGGUACAGCCAGUAGGCAUUAUUGUAUUUGCUGCUGUCAUGGCUACACUAGGCUUUCAGGUAUUGCUUCAAGCAGUAGAACAACUAAUUCAAGAUAAACCAUCUGAAAGUCUAUCGUCAGAACAAUUCAUCUGGUUGUGUGCAAUUAUGACCUUUGCCACAGUAGUAAAACUUGCCCUCUGGUUAUACUGCAAAAACUCAAGAAAUGAUAUUGUGCGCGCUUACGCGAAGGAUCAUUACUUCGAUGUGGUAACAAAUGUGGUUGGAUUAGUUGCAGCUAUUCUUGGUGAUAAGAUCUUUUGGUGGAUAGAUCCGGUUGGUGCUAUUGCCCUAGCCAUAUAUACAAUUUUAAAUUGGUCUGGAACUGUGUGGGAAAAUGCAGUUUCACUCGUGGGGAAAUCAGCCCCUCCUGAAGUCUUGCAAAUGUUGACGUAUCUUGUCAUUAGGCAUCCUGAAGUCAAGCGCGUUGAUACAGUUCGUGCUUACACCUUCGGUGUUCUUUAUUUCGUUGAGGUGGACAUUGAACUUCCGGAGGAGCUGCCAUUGAAAGAAGCACAUGCCAUUGGAGAGACGUUGCAGAUAAAGAUUGAAAAGCUUCCAGAAGUUGAAAGGGCAUUUGUUCAUCUUGACUUUGAAUGUGAGCAUAAACCAGAGCAUUCCAUCCUUAGCAGAUUACCAAACACUCAGCCCUAAGAUCUUUUCUUAGUAUUUUGUUCCUUAAAUCCCCUCUUCACUUGUUAUGUUCUGUCUCAUGUUUUUGCAUGUAUAUUUUCAAUCACAUCAAAUUAUCUCUCCCUUCUUUCAAGUUUAUUUUGGAUUCUUUCCUUUAGAUGUGCUUCUUCUUUUUUUUCUUUUCCUUCUUUUGUGCAAAAGUGUAGGUUUAGAAAUACGACCUUACUUGAAUAGGAUUUGUUCUAUAGGUUGUACAACCAUGUCUUUGAGUUUUUAAAGAAAUACGUUUGAUUAA